UGGGGAGGAAGAGCAGGAGCAGAGCAAGGUUGGAGCGCUGCCGGGGGUGUGUCGGCAGCGAGCGCGCAUGUGAGGAGCGGGAGGCGAGCCCGGCUCGCCCUCCCUGCUGCGAGCAUCCUCCGCCGAGCCGGCCCGGGGAUACAGGCGCAGCAGCAUCCAUGGCCUGCGCCUAGCGCGGCCUCCGCGCCCUCCUCCUCCUCCUCAUCCUCCUCCUGCUGCUGCUGCCGCCGCCCGGGAAGCGCUGCUGAGCGGCCACCGCACUCUCCUGCGUUUUUCCAGGCUCCCGGGAAACUGAGGAAUGCAAUUCUGCCACCAUGAUGGAAGGACUGAAAAAGCGCACCAGGAAGGCCUUUGGCAUACGCAAGAAAGAAAAGGACACUGAUUCCACAGGGUCACCAGACAGGGAUGGCAUCCAGCCCAGCCCUCAUCCCAAUGAUCCAACUUCCAAUAGCAAAGCCGAGGGCACGCGGGAAGGAGGAAAUAAAAACGGGAAGAAAACCAACGGAGCCCCAAAUGGAUUUUAUGCAGAGAUCGACUGGGACAGAUAUAACUCGCCUGAGCUGGAUGAGGAGGGAUACAGCAUCCGACCCGAGGAACCAGGAUCUACCAAAGGAAAGCACUUCUACUCCUCCAGCGAGUCGGAGGAGGAGGAGGAGGCGCACAAGAAAUUCAACAUCAAGAUCAAGCCCCUGCAGGCCAAGGACGUCCUGCGCAGCGCGGCCACCGUGGACGAGCUCAAGGCCUCCAUAGGCAACAUUGCACUUUCUCCAUCCCCCGUGAGGAAAAGUCCGCGGCGCAGCCCGGGGACGAUUAAAAGGAAUUUAUCCAGUGAGGAGAUCACGCGGCCCCGGCGCUCCACGCCCACGCCAGACCCCGCCAGCAAGAAGCCCGCGGAGGAUCCGGCGGCGCUGGCCCCGCUCUUCGGGCCCCCGCUGGAGUCGGCCUUCGAGGAGCACAAGCUGGAGGCUGCUCUGGACCAGCCUGAGAUAUGGGGGUCAGUCCAGCCCAUCAACACAAACGUAGAGUCCCCAAAACUUCCAAGACCUUUUCCAACUGGAACCCCUCCGCCGCUCCCCCCGAAGAACAUCCCGGCCACGCCGCCGCGCACCGGCUCCCCCCUGCCCCCGGCCAUCGGAGGGGACCAGGCAGCAGCAGAGCCCAAACGGGACAAACUCCCGUCCAUCAAUGACUUGGACAGCAUUUUUGGCCCCGUGCCGUCCCCCAAAUCUGCUGCUGCCACCGCGGAAGACAAGUGGGUCAAUUUUUCCGAGCAAUCCCCGGAGAACGCGCCUCCGGAGCUGUCGCCCCGGGAGAAGGCGGCGUCCCCGGCGGCGGGCAGCCCGGCCAGCGCCCCGGCCGAGCCUCCCCGCCCGCUGCCCUCGCCGCUGCAGCUGCAAGACGCUCCCAAGAAGCUUCCCGAGCUUAAGGAUGAUUCGGCCGAGCCCGUCGCCUCUCCCAAAGAUUUGGGGCCGGGCCCCAGGGGCACCCCGCCGCCCCCGCCGCCGCCCACCUACCGCGCCGUGGUCUCGUCCCCCGGACCGGGCGCCGGCACGGGAAGCACCAGCGGUUCCUCGUCCCCGGCUCGCCCCGGAACGCCGCUGGCCACGUGUGGCACCCCCCCGCCACCGCCGCCCCGACCCCCGUCCCGGCCCAAGCUGCCCCCGGGCAAACCCCCCGUCGGCGAUGUGUCCAGGCCUUUUAGCCCUCCCAUCCACUCCUCCAGCCCUCCUCCGAUAGCACCUUUAGCCCGUGCUGAAAGUACUUCUUCCAUAUCUUCCACCAAUUCCCUGAGUGCAGCCACCACUCCCACCGUUGAGAAUGAACAGCCUUCCCUCGUUUGGUUUGACAGAGGAAAGUUUUAUUUGACUUUCGAAGGCUCGUCGCGGGGCCCCAGCCCCCUGACCAUGGGGGCACAGGACACCCUGCCCGUGGCCGCCGCCUUCACCGAAACCGUCAACGCGUACUUCAAAGGGGCUGACCCCAACAAGUGCAUCGUGAAGAUCACGGGGGAGAUGGUGCUGUCCUUCCCGGCGGGCAUCACCCGACACUUUGCCAACAACCCCGCCCCAGCCGUGCUCACCUUCCGCGUGCUCAACUUCAACAGGCUGGAGCACGUCCUGCCAAACCCCCAGCUCCUCUGCUGUGACAACGUGCAGAGUGACUCCAACUCCAAGGAGUUCUGGGUCAACAUGCCAAAUCUGAUGACUCACCUAAAGAAGGUAUCGGAGCAGAAACCUCAAGCCACCUAUUACAAUGUGGAUAUGCUCAAAUACCAGGUGUCUGCCCAGGGUAUUCAGUCUACUCCAUUAAACCUUGCAGUGAGCUGGCGGUGUGACCCUGCAAGCACUGACCUGCGCAUCGACUACAAAUACAAUACAGAGGCAAUGACCACGCCUGUAGCUCUAAACAACGUCCAGUUCCUCGUCCCCGUCGACGGAGGAGUAACCAAACUUCAAGCUGUGCUUCCUCCUGCUGUCUGGAAUGCUGAACAGCAAAGGAUAUUGUGGAAGAUCCCAGAUAUCUCCCAGAAGUCAGAAAAUGGAGGCGUGGGCUCGCUGCUGGCGCGGUUCCAGCUGGCCGAGGGGCCGAGCUCGCCGGCCCCGCUGGCCGUGCAGUUCACCAGCGAGGGCAGCACCCUGUCCAGCUGCGACAUCGAGCUGGUGGGCGCCGGCUACCGCUUCUCCCUCAUCAAGAAGAGGUUCGCGGCAGGUAAAUAUUUGGCGGAUAACUGAUGGAAGCUUAUGCAAGUCCAUGGAAAAUACUAUGGAAAAUACCCAAGGACUGCUGUGCGUGGAACGGGUUUUAAUUACAGUUUAAGGAAAAUGAACUAAAUCCUGCACUCGGGACAUUUCUGUUGGAAGUGUCGACAACUUUCAGCAUUUUUUUUCCUUGGAAAACACCGUCUUGACCAGUCCUCCAGUAUUUACUUCUAGAUGUAACAUUGUUAAUGGUUUUAAAAUGUAAUUAUUGUAUUUGUAAAUUGUACUCAUUCCAGUAAGGCUGUAUUUUGGCAGUUAGACACUUGAGUUUUAGCAUUUUACCAUUCAUGAAAUGGAUGUAAUUUAAACUGUGGUAUAUAAAUCUAAUAGUAGUACUGUUGAAUGGCACAAUGCUUACAGAGGUAGAUUGCAUUUUGUCAAUAUAUACAAUUUAAAUACGAUACUGGUAGCUGUUAUGAAGGGGGUGCCUCAUCAAAAGAGAGUUCAGUAGGGCCCACAGGCUGAUUUAAUUUUCCUUCAGUCCUUAGUACGUCUCACAGCAAUCAAUAAAAACCUUCAGGUUUAGCUGGUUUAACUCCAGAAAAAUAUUCUUGGAAAGGUGGAGGUUCCUAGGACAGUCUCCCAGGAAGGAAAUGUCACUUCUGCAGGGAGUAUUGACUCCAAAUUUCCAGCCCUGAGUUCUCUUACAGCUGCAGAUUCCCUGUUGGGAUGCCAGCAGCUCUUCCCUGCCCCGUGCCCGGGUAUUUUGCAGGGCUACAGACGAGGAAAGAAGCAGCAAAGAGGCUGGGUGGUCCCUCUGAGCUCCCAGCACUGGCACAAAACGUCACUGUUGGGUUCAAGGAUGUGUUUUCCGAGCUGCCUCCGGACGUUCGGUUGUGUUUUUGCGUUGCUUUGCUGUCUUUUUUCUGCCCUUCCCACCCAUUUUUGAAAGCUCUACGGGUUUAGAAAACACUUUAAAGAAUUGCAGCCGCACCUGCUUCUCUAUUUGAGCACUCAGGCAGGAAAAUGUGCAUGGAAAAUCACUGGGAAAGAAUUCCCCAGGGAGCAGGAGCAGCACGGGGGCUGUUGAUAGCAGCCAGGGCAGGAGCCCAGCUCGCCAGCAUUGGGAGCAGCUGUGUUGUGGAGAUGGCAAAACACAUGGAAGUGCUAAACUGGAGCAUGGGGGACAAAAUAUUAUCCCUCUGUGCUUUUCCUGUCCCGCUGGGUGCUGCUCAUUCCCGUGGGUCUCAGUCUCAUGCCACUCCUGGCAGCAUGGUGAGAGCGUUGGUGGCAUUCACAGUGCUGCAGCUGCUGAGCUGGGCUUGUGAAACAGCAGAAUUCGGCAAUUUCGGGAAGAAAAAUGAGGGAAUCUUUGUGAAAUUAAACACAGAGGCACAGAGGAGCAUCCGUGAAUGGGGUGCUGGGACUUUGGGAAUGUGUGAGGUGACAAAAAGUGCUGGUUUUCCAAGUGUUGCUAGGGUUAGAGUGGUGCAUUUACACUGGAAAACAGCCUGGGCAUGUUGGGAAGUGCUUGCUCGUGGAGCAGUUUGAUGAAGGAAAACAGAGCUCUGUGCCCAUCUUGAGAGAAAAGAAGGAAAUGUGGGGAUAUUUCAGGUGUGAGGUGGCUCCCAGGCUGAGACGGGGGGGUGAGCUGUGUGUGAGCUGACAGAAGGCAGCAGCAGGAAAGGAAAAGCACAAUUCACUCCUGCAGCUUCCCACAUCCUCACAGACUUUGGGAGCGCACUCCCCAGUGUUCCACUCCAUGAAUGAUUUCCCCCCUGAACUGGUUAUUUGUAUAAAGUGUGCAGCUCAGCCCUUUCUGACACAGAAAUAUAGGGCAAACCCUAAGAAUCAGGUUUAGCAAUUGUACAAUUGCUCCACACCUAUCCUUCCAAAAGAGAUCUACAGUAUAGACCUGAAAAAAAAAAGGAUUUAUAUUGUAAAUAUUACCAGAACAUAGAGAUUUUACUUUAUAUUUCAUUUGAAAGACAAGGUGUUUACAUUAGCAUUGGGUUUUUGAGUGCUUUUUAAACAGAAAAACCCAUAACCCAAAGCUCCCAAGCUCAUCCUGUUUGAGCUGGCGAACAAAACAGAGGUCACUUUUUGGGGACGCAGCCCUCAUGACCUGGAGAGAGAGAUGGGAACAGCCUGGGACAUUUUGUCCUAUUUCUGGGACAUGUGGGAUGUGGCAGCACUCCCAGCCCCACAGGGACAGUCCCAGCUCCAGCACUGGCAGGUGGCACCAACCCUGUGGCACUGGGACCAAAAGCAGCGAUUUGGGACAGGUUUUUCCACAGUGCUUCUGCCAGUUUUUGGCACACGGUUUUCUCAGAGUGCCCCGGGGUUUGUUGGGAAUUUGGUGAGAGCACCUGGCUCCAGAGCCCUGUAGUGCUCAGGGCAUUCAAGCUCUGCAGGCUUCACCUUGGGUUUGAGGUAGGAAAAUCUGUGUAUUUUCAGGGAUUGCACCUGUUUGGGGUGGCCUGCCCCCUCACAGAGAGCAGGGAGGUGAAAUGGCACUGAUUUGGUUCCAUACAGAUCCCAGACUGGUUUGGCUGGGAAGGGAUCUUAAAAAUGAUCCUGUUCCUCCCCUGCCAUGGCAGAGACACCUUCCACCGUCCCAGGCUGCUCCAGCCUGGCCUUGGGCACUGCCAGGGAUCCAGGG